AUGAAUAUACCCCAUGGAUCCAAUCCUAGUACAGCAGCUUUCACAUGCAAUACGUGCGGUAUAAAGUUUGCUGGUGCUGAAUUACAGAGGCAACAUAUGAAGACAGAAUGGCACCGGUAUAAUCUAAAAAGAAGAGUAGCUGAAUUACCUUCUAUAUCAUCGGAGCUUUUUGCUGAAAAGGUAUUAAUUGCACGUGAGAAUGAGAAUAAUAUACUGAAUGAAGAUGAAUUUGGGUUUUAUGUUCCACAACGUCGCCGACAUAACUCAUCUGGAGAUGGUGUUCAGCUAUCUAAAAAGUAUUUAAAGCGUCAAGAACGUUUACAUGCCAAGGGAUCUCAGGUACCAAAAUCUAACGAAACUGAUGGUCAGGAUGAUUAUGCAUCCGCAGAGCCUGUUCUUGGUGAGUUUGUAGGCAUUAGAGCUCGGGGAUCAAGCAUAUCUGCUAGUUCUGUUAAGUCCGAGACAUCUGAGUUUUCAAUUGUGACAUCACAUCAUGAAAGUGAGAUGCUGUUUGAAUCAAGUUCUGAAGGUAUUUUAUCUGACUCAGAUGUUACAGAUUUUGAUCAUUUGGUUCCCUCUGAGUCAGAUUUGCCAAGUGAUAACGACAGUGAUGAAUCAUGGAAUGACGAGGUGGAUGCUGAACCAGAGGCAGUAUCAAUUACUGAUUGCUUCUUUUGUGGUCAAGUUAAUCACGAGAAAGAGAACAAUAUUAAACAUAUGUUUAGCAAACAUGGACUUUACAUACCUGAACGGUCAUAUUUAGUUGAUGUUUCCGGUCUCUUAUCAUAUAUUAGUGAAGCAAUAACCCUAGAUCAUGAAUGCUUAGUAUGCGGAUUUCAAGGUAAGAAUUUAGAAAGCAUUAGACAACACAUCUACAAUAAAGGACAUGCCAAACUUCCUUAUGAAAACAAGGAGGAAAGACUUGCCGUUGAAGAGUACUACAACUUUACGAUUCCUGAGGAGGUCACUCCCAAGAAGGCAAAUAAGAAGAAGGUUGCAUUUAUGGAAGAAAAUGGGUCUUCUGAUGAAGAGCCUCUGACGCCGUCCGAUGAUGAAGAAGAAGAAUUUGAUGAAGACAGUGGAAGUGGAAUAAAUGAUAACUACACCAUUGUUCAAAUCGACAAGACUGGUGUGGAACUUACAUUACCUUCUGGCUCACGGAUUGGACAUAGAUCAAUGGCUCGUUACUACAGACAAAAUUUACCUUUAACUCGGGCACCUACUGAAGCUGAACAAACUGUUGCUGUUGUUGAUAAGAGAUUUACUGCAUUGUCACUUGCUGAGCGUAGCUUGAUAGCCCAAGAGAAGGCAGGCCGUCGGGUUGAGACUCAAAGUCGCCAAAAGUAUGAGAAGAAGCUUAAGAAUGUUAAUGCUCAACGCCAUUUCCGGGAUGAAAUUCUCGGAACUUGA